GCUUCUUGCAACAAAAUGAUAAGUGUGCUGCUGAUCUUCUUCCCUGCUAUUCUCCUGGAGAUGGACUUCCUUCCCAAGAAUGCUGGCAGGAACGUUUUGAUCUCAGGUGCUUCCUCCCAAAGAUCAGUGGCCAGAAUGGAUGGUGAUGUCAUUAUAGGAGCCCUCUUUUCUGUCCAUCACCAACCUCCAGCUGAGAAGGUACCUGAGAGGAAAUGUGGUGAGAUCCGAGAGCAAUAUGGUAUCCAGAGAGUUGAGGCUAUGUUUCACACUCUUGAUAAAAUUAAUUCAGACCCAGUAUUGCUGCCUAAUAUCACUUUAGGCAGUGAAAUCCGAGAUUCCUGUUGGCACUCCUCAGUGGCCUUGGAACAGAGUAUUGAAUUCAUAAGGGAUUCUUUGAUCUCCAUUCGAGAUGAGAAAGAUGCUCUCAGCCGCUGCCUGCCUGACCCUUCUUAUAACCACCAGGUCAGGGCCAAAAAACCCAUUGCUGGUGUCAUUGGGCCAGGUUCCAGUUCUGUGGCCAUCCAAGUUCAGAAUCUGCUUCAGCUCUUUGAUAUCCCCCAGAUUGCGUAUUCUGCAACCAGUAUUGAUCUGAGUGACAAAACUUUGUACAAAUACUUCUUGAGGGUAGUCCCAUCUGACAUUCUGCAAGCCAGAGCCAUGCUUGACAUAGUCAAACGUUACAACUGGACGUACGUAUCUGCUGUCCAUACAGAAGGAAAUUAUGGAGAGAGUGGCAUGGAAGCUUUCAAAGAGCUGGCUGCUCAAGAAGGUCUUUGUAUUGCUCAUUCGGACAAGAUCUACAGCAAUGCAGGAGAAAAGAGCUUUGAAAAGCUGUUAAAGAAGCUCCGUGAGAGGUUGCCGAAGGCCAGAGUUGUGGUUUGUUUCUGUGAAGGGAUGACCGUCAGGGGAAUACUCAUGGCUAUGAAACGUCUGGGAGUGCUUGGGGAGCUCCUCUUGAUUGGGAGUGAUGGAUGGGCAGACAGAGAUGAAGUCAUUGAAGGGUAUGAGGCUGAAGCUAAUGGGGGCAUCACAAUCAAGCUGCAGUCUCCAGACGUCGUGUCGUUUGAUGACUAUUUUUUGAAAAUACGCUUGGACACCAACACACGAAAUCCCUGGUUCCCAGAAUUUUGGCAGCACAGGUUCCAGUGUCGCCUUCCAGGACAUCCUCUAGAGAACCCCAACUUUCAAAAGAACUGCACUGGCAAUGAAAGUUUAGAAGAAAACUAUGUCCAGGACAGUAAAAUGGGAUUUGUUAUCAAUGCCAUAUACGCUAUGGCCCAUGGCCUACAAAACAUGCAUCAUGCCCUUUGCCCAGGACAUAUUGGACUGUGUGAUGCCAUGAAACCAAUUGAUGGAAGCAAACUCUUGGAUUUUCUCCUAAAUUCUUCAUUCAUCGGAGUUUCAGGAGAGGAAGUUCGGAUUGAUGAAAAUGGAGAUGCCCCUGGAAGGUAUGACAUCAUGAACCUGCAGCAGAUAGAAUCUAACCGUUACGACUAUGUUCAUAUUGGGACCUGGCAUGAAGGGGUGUUGAAUAUAGAUGAUCACAGGAUUCAGAUGAACAAAAGCGGAAUGGUCCGGUCAGUGUGUAGUGACCCCUGUUUGAAAGGUCAAAUUAAGGUUAUAAGGAAGGGAGAAGUGAGCUGCUGCUGGAUCUGCACAGCUUGCAAGGAAAAUGAAUUUGUGCAAGAUGAGUUCACAUGCAACGCUUGUGAACUAGGAUGGUGGCCCAAUGAAAAACUGACAGGCUGUGAACCCAUCCCUGUAAAAUAUCUACAGUGGAGUGACAUAGAAUCCAUUGUGGCUGUGGUCUUCUCUUGCCUGGGUAUCCUGGUCACCAUGUUUGUUACACUUAUAUUUGCACUCUACAGGGACACCCCUGUUGUCAAAUCCUCUAGUCGGGAGCUCUGCUACAUUAUACUUGCUGGGAUCUUCCUUGGCUAUAUCUGUCCCUUUACCCUUAUUGCUAAGCCCACUGUCACUUCGUGCUACCUCCAACGCCUCCUUGUGGGGCUUUCUUCUGCCAUGUGCUACUCUGCCCUUGUCACCAAAACCAAUCGCAUUGCACGCAUCCUGGCAGGCAGCAAGAAAAAAAUUUGCACCCGCAAACCACGCUUCAUGAGUGCUUGGGCCCAAGUAGUCAUUGCCUCCAUCUUGAUCAGUGUGCAGCUGACGUUGGUGAUUACCCUGAUCAUCAUGGAACCCCCUUUCCCCAUCCUUUCCUAUCCCAGCAUCAAGGAAGUCUUCCUGAUCUGCAACACCAGCAACUUAGGUGUGGUUGCCCCUGUGGGCUACAAUGGACUCCUUAUCAUGAGUUGCACUUACUAUGCCUUCAAAACUCGCAACGUGCCCGCCAAUUUCAAUGAAGCUAAGUACAUUGCCUUCACUAUGUACACAACGUGUAUCAUCUGGCUGGCCUUUGUACCUAUUUACUUCGGGAGCAAUUACAAGAUCAUCACUACUUGCUUUGCAGUGAGCCUGAGUGUGACAGUAGCCUUAGGGUGCAUGUUCACUCCCAAAAUGUACAUCAUCAUUGCCAAGCCUGAGAGGAAUGUCCGCAGUGCCUUCACCACUUCAGAUGUGGUGCGUAUGCAUGUUGGGGAUGGAAAGACACCUUGUAGGUCCAACACAUUCCUCAGCAUAUUCCGGAGGAAGAAGCCAAGCACUGGAAACCCAAAUUCUAAUGGCAAGUCUGUGUCAUGGUCUGAGCCGGGCGGAAUACAAGUUCCCAAGGGACAGCAUAUGUGGCACAGACUCUCGGUGCAUGUGAAGAGGAAGGAGCCAGGAUGCAAUCAGACCGCAGUGAUCAAGCCCCUAACUAAAAGCUACCCAGGCCAAGACAAGAGCCUGACUUUUUCAGAUAUCUGCAGUAAGACUCUGUACAACGUGGUGGAGGAAGAAGAAGGUGAGCCAGUGCGCUUCAGCCAACUAAAUAGUCCUUCCAUGGUUGUGCAUAGGCGAGUGAUGGUGACACCUCCACUGCAGGCAUCAGCAGAGGAAACCCACCUGUUCUUGUCUGAGCAGAGUCCCAAAAACCUACCACAACCACCACCGAGAUCCAUUAUGGAGCAGCUGCAAGGUGUGGUCAACAAAUUUGCUGCUGGCAUACCUGACUUCAACUCCGUGAUCCCUGCACCCGGUGCUGGGAAUGGAGUUAGGCCUAUCUAUCCUCCAUUAUUGCAGCAGCAGGUGUUGCCACUCCAAAUGGGCACAUUCAGCAAAGAGACAGUUUCGCCCCCAGCUGAGGAAGAAGGGGAGGAGGAGGAAGAAGAAGAAAAUGAACGAUUUAAGCUCAUCCAAGAGUACGUGUAUGAGCGGCCAGGGAACUUAGAAGAGGAUGAAGACGAGGAAGAGGAGCAGGCAACCAGCAAAUUGACUCUGGAAGACUCACCAGCACUGACGCCUCCAUCUCCUUUUCGAGAUUCAGUGGCUUCAGGCAGUUCUGUGCCCAGCUCCCCGGUAUCAGAAUCAGUGCUUUGCAUGCCUCCUAUUACAACCUAUGCCUCUGUUGUCCUGAGGGAUUAUAAGCAAACUUCAUCAACCCUGUAG